UUUAAACUGUUUUCAUUGAAGGAAAGAAAGGCCUUGCUACCUCUGUCAGGAGGCCACCUCUAAACACGCUGUUCCAGGGGACAGACAAGGAUGAGUUUGCAAAAUGUCAUCCUUGGGACAGAGUUCUCUCCGGGGACCCAGAAUUUGAUUGUGUUUCUCUUGUGCCUUCUAAGAUCACAUUAGCUUUAGGCAUCACACGGUUGACUCAUUCUGAAUUUCCUGUGAUUAGGGUUUUUAAGUUUCUGCUACUAGCUAAGACAUCUUUCUUCCUGUACUGCAUUUUUGUUCUCGUUCUGUUUUGGUGUGCAUGCGACACAGAGCUUAUAAAGACAGAAAAGUGACCUUGGGUUUAACCAUUUUUUUUAACGCGGUUGGGAAUGAUGGCCAUUUGAUGACAAGGAAGUGAGCUACGAGUACAGAUCAACUCUUUUUUUCUUGGUUGACUCCAGAUUAGGAGAGAAAUGGGUAUAAAUUGCAGAAGCAUAGCAGGGUGAAGUAAGAGAAGGUAAGGAACACUUGAAAUGGUGUGAAAGUAAUCUGCUAGAAUGGAGAAAUGUCCAGAGAAGUCGGGUCUUUAAGAACUCAAGAGUUUGUUGGCUGUGGACCACGGUGGUGGGUGAGAAUAGACCGAUGUCCCUGCGGUGGUGUUGACUCAGGCAGUUAGUCCGCUGAUUGCAAAUCAGCCUAAUUGUCACUGUCCACACACCAUCUUUCCACAAGGCUCCUGAGAGAUCCUAGCAUCCCAGAUAUAUGUUCCCAAGUUAAGUUCUGUCAGCGAAGAUAGGCCGGUGUGACUCCUCGAUGUUGGGUGUGUACAUGUGUGGAUGCACGCACAUCUAAUGUAGACCGUUUUCUUUUCAGUGACAAGCUCAUUACCCUACAAUUUUCUAACUCUACCCUUCUGCAUUUUUUGAUAAUGACAUUGACAUCCUACCAAGCAGACACCUCUUGUUCUAAACAUGGCUCAGCAAUCUUUCUUGUUUAUAUUGUUGACAUAUAAUUUAUCUGGACCCAGGAAAACACCUCAAUCAUGUUGACUAGAAUCUUCCUUUGGAGGGACACUUCCUUCCCCAUUAUUUGCCUUCUUUCUAGUUUUCUUAGGAUAAUAAUAGUUGCCGUUUUUUGUUUUGUUUUAUUUAAAGGGAGGAUCAUUACCUUUUGGAAAGUUCAUGAAAGUACCCAUGCAAGUGACUGAAUCUUCCUGGAGUCCCUUUAAGUUAGAUCCCUAAAGAAACAUGCAAAAGCCUUUUAAAACUUGGUCCUUUAUUACUUGGUGACCUACAGGAUGUUUAGCUACAUUCCUGCCUUCCCACAUUCUAGAAGUUUUCCCCACACUUGUAACAAUCAGAAAUACCUUGAGAUUUUGCCAGAACUACAGGGAGCAACAAAAUUAUCUAGCAUUUUGAACCACUGGCCAAAGGAAAAUUAAUUUGGUAGCAGUGUGACUGAUAAACAGGAAAAACUAGAAAUAAAGUUAGACCCUUGAUCUUCAGCUGUAGACACUGCAAAGAUGGGGAAGUUAGCUCUCAUAGAACUUAGUCCAUUUGGGUACCAGGUAUUGAUAAUCUGGCACUUGAGAAGAAUUAAGAUGGGAGAAGCCAGCUUUGACAGACCUUAUUUAAAUUUGAUUGAAUAUCAUUUUUUAGAGCCACUGAGGCUGUUUAGACUUAGAUUGGUUUCCUCCGUUUAGUCAAAAUGUAGCUGAAGCCUGGAAACCCCACUGAUUGAGCUGUUCUUAGUGCUUCUGUGUAACACUGGAUUUCUAUGAAACAGGUAGAAGUGUGCUUCUAAAAUUGAAUACUGAUAACUUUCCUAUGUUGUAGGGAAUAGUUUUCCAGUUCUUCUGAAACUCAUUGCUUCUCUUACUGGAAUCUAGCACUACAUAGCUUUAAAAUUUUAAGUCAUUAUUGAAAUGGAGGAUUUUAAAGAAUCAGUACUUUAAGAUCACACUCUCAGAACAGCAGUAAGGACUUACUUUCUAACUUUAAUACCUUACAUUCUAACUUUAGCAGACCCUUUGGGCCAAGCAUUGUACCUGCUUGUUGGAAAUACCUAAGUGUCUGCCUGUGUUGGGUUUAUGGUCUGUCAGUAAUGAUAAACAUAACUUCACAGGCCGGAAAAGUUUAUACUGAACUGAACUAUAGGCACAGGUGCUUAGAAAGCCUAUCGAGCGGCUGGGUGUUGGUACCCAAGAUAAGUUGUAGAAAUUAUCUUGACCAAGAUAGGGGAAAGCAGAUAAAGGCCAAGUCAUUAAGGUCGUAGAGUUGGACUUACUGUAGUUCUUGGAGGUUAAUAAGUAACAUGCUCCUCCAGCUGAAGUUUUUCGCCAUGACGUUUUAGGUAUGACAUUUUACAUCCUUGAAUCUUACUUACUAUGUGCUAAACAAUUGGCAGAAGGUUGGAGAAAGGGCUUGAAUUGCAUCAAGUCAAAGGGCGUUACAGAGAUACAGAAGAGUAUCUUAGCCAGCCCAUUAAUCCGCUUACCUGAAUGGUCCUGCAGACAUUUAGAAAAAACUGGCAAUGGUAAGACCACAUUACAAACCUUAAAGAUUACUCAGGUCUUUUAAGGCCAUUGAAAAUGGCCACAAUAUUGAUGGGAAGCAUAAGACAUAAAUUAAAAUUUCACUGUGACUAGUUCUAAGAACUAAGUUUUAGAAAAAAAGGAAAAGAAAUAACCAACUUUAGAGAAGCCAUAUAUUAAGAGAUAUUCAUUUUGUACCGGAAAUGCAUAUUAAAUGUUCUUUGAUGCAUAGAUAAUUAUUGAUUAUCUGUAAUACCAUGCUCUCAAAUAAUCUACAACUUCACAUUUGAAUUUAAAAUAUAUCUUGGUGCCAUAAGGAGCCAGAAGUGGCAUCCUAACAGCCUCAUAGAAGAUGGGGCCAGCUAAGACAGCUCCCCAGAAAGAUCUUGACGGACAGGUUCGGGAUAUUAGGAAGUCGUGUAUAUGUGUGGUAGGUGGGCUUAGGACUUGUGUGUAGCAGAGGUAGUGUUACAAAAGACUAAAAGAUCUGAAAUGAACUCACAUGGAAAAGCUGCAAAAGAGUUCUCUCAGCAAGAGUGUUCUGUACUAUUUACUCCAUUUUUCGGGAGGAGGUAGAGGUAAAGUGUUUGUUGUUUUGUGUUUUUAUGUUUACUUGUGAUAAAUAGCUCAUGCUGGUCCUUAACUUUUCUCUUUGUCUCCUUAUUAGUUUAUUUUUGUGUGAUGAGUAUUUUGUCUACAUGUAUGUCAGUGUACCACAUGCAUGGCUGAUGUCUGUGAAGGCUAGAUGAGGACCCUUGGAACUGGGGUUAUGUCCUGGGAAUCAUCAGGCCUUCUGCUAAAAAGCAAGUGUUCUUAACCACAGAGCCAUUUCUACAAGUCUCUUUUCCCUGAAAGCCUCCAAAUUUUUGACAAAACCAAAUUAUACAAAAUAUUUAUAAUUAUAUAGUGUCCCAUUGUGAAUUUUAUCCUCCUCAUCCAACCUAACCCAGCCAUCCAAAACUUUCUAUUUUGUGUAACAAGACACUUACUUUCCAGAUUAAUUUCCUCUACCCUAACUCCUCUUGCUGGGUCAUUUCAGUUGUAGUCCUGGAAGACAAGCCUGUUUUUCAAAUCCACUCAUUUAUGAAGAAACUUUCCAUGGGGUCAUCCCUGCUGUAUGCCUUCAAAACCUGAUAAAUUGAACAGGAGGUACUUGUCAGUGAGGAGAGACCUAUAAAGAAAUUAGACAAGGUGUGUGGAAGAGGCCUGCCCGAGGCUGGGGAGACCAGUGGUUAACUGUGAGUACUGCUUUGCAGAGGCCCCCCGGGUCACGGCCCACGGCCCACCUCCAUAACAGAUGACUCACAGUACCUGUAAUCCAGCUCCAGGAGGUCUGAGUCCUUCCUCUGGCCUCCUUGGACACAUCACUUGAAUGCAUGUGUGUGUAUUCAACACACAAUUUUAAAAAUUGAUGACAGUGUCUACAGGUAGAGCAGGAGCCACUGUAGAGGUUAAACUGGGCUUGUGCUACACCUUGGUUUUGUUGAGGAUUCUCCAGGGGAAGAGAAGUGGCUAGAAUGUGGCAGUUUACUUAUAAAAAAACCGUGAAAGUUUAGGAGAUUCUUUUACUGGAAUUUUAAGAUCAAUUAUUGCUGCUAAAUUAGUUUUCUCCACCAGAAAUUUAACCUUCUACUUUAAAUAUUUCAGUAGUUCUUAUCUUAUUGUCUUCAAGACAAUACUAAAGUAGACGUUAAAGCUAUUGUACAAGUGUAAAUCUUUACCACUGUGUUUGUCUAGUUUUUGACAAGGUAGAAAGGGGAACACAAAAAUGUGAGAAGAAAACAGUUAGCAUUUUAUUUUUGGCAUGGGAAAACUUGAAAUUCUGUUACUAAUUUGGCCUGGUAAAAAUACUGUUCGUAUCUGUUACUCAAGCAGGUUUAUGGUGAUCCUAUGUGCAGUGACCCUGUGCGCAGACAGAAAUAAAACAGAAACUCCCCUCCGGGCCUGUCUGCCUCGGGAACAGGAAACAUAGUCGUCAUUAUGAUUAGCUACCCAAAAGGACGGGAAAUUUUUGAUCUGGUGCAAAAAGGAAUUCCAGUAAAAAUGCGGAUAGAGAUUGGUACUCGUCAUAUGCAGGAGUUCAUCAGCGGUCAGUCUGUGGUGUUUGUGGCCAUCGCCUUCAUCACCAUGAUGAUCAUCUCAUUAGCAUGGCUGAUAUUCUAUUAUAUACAGCGCUUCCUGUAUACUGGCUCACAGUUUGGAAGUCAGAAUCAUAGGAAGGAGACUAAGAAGGUUAUUGGCCAGCUCCCUCUACACACUGUGAAGCAUGGCGAGAAGGGAAUUGAUGUCGAUGCUGAGAAUUGUGCAGUGUGUAUUGAAAACUUUAAAGUCAAAGAUGUUAUCAGAAUCCUGCCAUGCAAGCAUAUUUUUCAUAGAAUAUGCAUUGACCCAUGGCUUUUGGAUCACCGAACGUGUCCAAUGUGUAAACUUGAUGUCAUCAAAGCCCUGGGAUAUUGGGGGGACCCUGAGGAUACGCAGGAGCUACCCACCCCAGAAGCUGCCCCAGGAAGGGUUUCUGUUGGGAAUCUGAGUGUGACAUCCCAAGAUGAGGAGAGGAGUGAAAGCAACCUUCCAUCAUCUUCCUCGAGCGAGUCUGGGCCACACCGCCCCUGUCUUAAAGAAGAUGCAGGGGAGGACACAGCAUUACUAGGAGCCGGCAGGAGUGAGCCUCAGCAUGGAGGAUCCAUAUGCUAGCACCAUCCUCACUGACAGCCUCACCGACAGAGCCUUGGCUUGAACAGGACAUUCAGUUUUUUACUCUAGGGCAGAGUUUGUAUACUUGAAAACAGUGGACUUUAUUUUACUUUACCUUUCAGAUUCAGGUUUGAUAUACAAAGGGCUGAGAUAUUUUAUUCCUAAAAGACUUUUAAUUAGCCUUCAUCUAUUUAUCUACUAAAUUAUGAUGUCUAUCAUAAGUUUUGUUGUAUCACCUGUCACAGAUGUAUGUGGAGGGGUUGUUUCUGAGUACUAGACUAGCCUCUGUGGUAUAAAACAAGAGUCUGUCUCUUGGGCUUUUUAGACAGAGCUCACCGAGUUGAAGUGUGAAGUGUAGUUCCUUAUUGAUCACAUGAACGUCUCCUGAGCGGAGACUGUAGAACUUGGAAAUGAGAAAUCUUGCCGUGGGCAGUGGUGCAAACUGUGGCUGAGGCCCGAGGAGCUUGAGUUCAAGCCUGCUUCGGGCUGUGUAGCCAGACUGCUACAAAGGGGUUAAGAGAGAGAGAGAGAGAGAGAGAGCAAGAGAGAGAGAGGGAGAGCACGCGCGAGAGCGAGAGCGAGCAUUCAGCUGGCUUGAGCUGUGUAGUCUGCAGAGACUUCAGAACCACACAUUCCUUCUUAUGUGGAAUUGUGAAAAGAACACUAGAUGAUUUUAUGAUUUACAUUUCUACUUUUAUUGCCUAAUUUCUUUUCACACUUGGAAGGAGAAGGGAAUUUAUCCAUGUUUUUCUACAAACUAAAAAAAAAAAAAAAAAAAACCUGGCAAAAAAUGCCAUAUUGCAUGUUAAAAAAAGCAUUAAAAUAUGGAUUCAUUAAGAAAAUCAAGUAGGCAUACAGUAAUGUCUUUAAAUGAUUAGUAUAUUUUGGUGGAUUUGAUCUUUACAAUUAAAAAUACUUAAUUAAAAGUUUGAUUCUGUUGUUGUUAGACUAAAAUAACAUUUUCCUAAAGAGAUUUUAAGCCGAUUCAAUACUGUGACCUUUUAUCCUUCUUUUCUGUUUAAUGUUCUCGCUGGUGAAAGUCUUUGAAGACUGUUGUCUAAAUUCUGUAUAGUGCUUAGAUACAUACUUUGAAGAGCAAGGAGUCCAUUGUUGUUGAUUCUAAACUUGUGUUGUAUGUCUACUUUGUAGACAAAAAUAAAUGCUUAUUGACAAAAAUU